AUGGGAAAGAUCAUCUUCUACGAGGACAGGAACUUUGGAGGCCAGCACCAUGAGUGCAUGAGCGACUGCUCCGACCUGCACUCCAGGUUCGAGCAGUGCCGCUCCAUCAGGGUCGAGAGCGGCAUGUUCAUGAUCUACGACCGCCCGGGCUUCAUGGGAACUCAGUUCUACAUGAAGAGGGGAGAGUACUCCGACUACAUGGGCAUGACUGGCAUGAAUGACUGUGUCAGGUCCUGUCGCAUGAUCCCCAUGCACAACGGCAGCUCCAAGAUGAGGCUGUACGAGCAUUUCGACAUGGGAGGUCAGAUGAUGGAGCUGACAGACAACUGCCCCAACUUCAAUGAGCGUUUCCACAUGUCCAACGUCAACUCCUGCAACGUGAUGGACGGCCACUGGCUCAUGUACGAGCAGCCCAACUACAGGGGACGUCACUACUACAUGAGGCCCGGCCAGUACAAGAGCUUCAACGAAUGGAGCGGCAACAACUCCAGGAUCGGCUCCAUCAGGCGUCUCAUGGAUCUCUAA